AUGGAAAUUUACAAAAUGCUAAGGUACCAAACCAAUAACGCCUCGUCUGUAUUGACGACGAUCGCCAACAUCCAGCCGAAGGAUGGUUCAAGCGGAGGAGGUGAGACGAGAGAGUCUUUUGUCAGUAAAAUGGCCGAAGAGAUGCUUUCCAAACUACCUUCCGAUUACAACCCAUUUGAGGUCAAGGAAUUGUUGCAACAGUUGGGUCAUCUCAAACCCCUGCACAUCUUUCUACGUCAUGAAUUGGACUGCAUUCAACGUGUUAUUAGUCUCGUACGCUGCACUUUGAGUGAUCUUAAAUUGGCUAUCGAUGGAACAAUCAUCAUGUCAGAGAACUUGAGGGACAGUCUGACUAAUAUCUACUACGCUCGAAUACCUGCUCAUUGGAAGAAGGUUUCAUGGGAUUCGGCAACUUUGGGUUUCUGGUUCACCGAUUUACUGGACAGGAAUGCUCAACUUCAUAAAUGGCUCUUCCACGGAAGACCUAAGGCUUACUGGCUCACCGGUUUUUUUAACCCACAGGGUUUUUUGACAGCGGUGCGUCAGGAAGCGGCAAGAGCUAGCAAAUUUGCUCUCGAUGCCGCCGCACUAACCAAUGAGGUCACGAGGAUGAACCUUGAGGAAGUUUCGCGUGUCCCCUCUGAGGGUAAUAGAGUGCUCAUUUAA